AUCGACCUUGGCCCAAUACAUAGUCCAGAGUUAAGGUCAACCAGACUAAAGCAUGCUCGCAUGUUAGUUGAAUAUUCGGCACAUGGUCAGUCUCUGCUAAAUUGAAAUUGAGGUGAAUUUAGCAACACCUAAAUAAAAAUGAAUAUGAAUCAUAUUUUUAAUUUUUGAAAGAAAAUGAGAGAAAUGUGAAUUGGACUCUGUCUUUGAUAUUUUUGAGCAAAACAAAUGGGAAAAUUUGAACUGAAAAAAAAACUAAAGAUGGCGGCAAUUACAUGAACAAAUUGAACACCGAUCUCAAGUAACCAAUCCGUACGCUAGGGUUUAUUCUCACCACCGUCCUCCGCCACGGUCCGCCCAAAAUGUUCGGAGCUCAGCCGUCCGCAUCCCCCUUCGCCACUCCUUCCUCCACCCCAUCCUUCGGAGUUCAGCCGUCCGCAUCCCCCUUCGCCACUCCCUCCUCUACCCCAUCCUUCGGAGCUCAGCCGUCCGCAUCCCCCUUCGCCACUCCCUCCUCCACCCUAUCCUUCGGAACCCCUUCGUCCACUCCAGCCUUCGGCACCCCUUCGUCCACCCCAGCAUUCGGAAACUUUUCCUCUACACCUGGAUUUGGCACGCCUUCUACUUCGGCUUUCGGAACCUCCACGUUCUCCAAUCCGUUCUCUCAACAAUCGCAACCACAGCAGCAGAGUUCAUUUUUCCAGACUCCUCAGAGCUCCAGUGCAUUGAGCUUUUUGAAUCCAUUUGGGGCAUCCCAGCCCCAGCAGAUGUAUGCAUCUUCACCUUUACCAUUUGCAAAUGCUCAAUUGACCACUCAGAUGGCUCCCGUGGCCCCUCUUCCAUUUUCUCUUGCAGAUCGUGAUAUUCAGGCAAUCAUUGAUGCUUACAAGGAGGAUCCCGGGAACCCCAAGUAUGUGUUCAAGCAUUUAUUGUUCAGUGUGACUGAACCUCAGCAAAGAGUAAAGCCCGCUGGUGUAUCAGAUAUUAUGUGGGCAGAGGCGAUGGGGAAACUUGAAGGGAUGGAGUCUUCAAACCGUGAAAGGCUAUGGCCCCAGCUCAUCCAGGGAUUCAAGGAUCUCUCCCAACGUCUUAAGCUUCAAGAUGAAGUCAUUAUUUCAGAUGCUGAGAGGCUAAAAUUGACACAGAGCAAUGUUAAAAUGCUACAAAGACAUUUUCAAGCAGACACUAUUCCUUGGAUUGAGAGGAUGAGGCAAAAAGAGCAAGGUCUUCAAAGACGACUUUUAAGGGUAAUGAGAAUAAUAGAGGCACUGGAAGGUAAAGGUUGUCGAUUACCUCUGAUGAAAGGUGAAGCCGAAUUGGCAGAGAGGCUGGCUGUUAUAACUAGACAGUUAAAAGGAUCUGGAGCUGAACUUUCUCGGAGGGUUCAAAAUCUUCUUACAAUCUGCCGUGUUCAAAAUGGCAUUGGGGGAGCCUCUUUCUAUCUUCCAGAAUCUGCUAAAAUACAUGAGCAAAGUCUUACUAAUAUGCAGGAGGUUUUGCAACAACAAACAGAGGCCAUUGCCAGGCUUGGAAAUGUGCUGAAGCGAGAUCUUAGGGAUAUGGAGAUCAUAAUGGCAGAAGACAAAAGAAUGGUAGAAGAUUAACCCAUCCAGUUAUCCAUGUGUGGCAAUGCAUUUUUUCUGAGGUUCGUAUCUGUUCUAGAUUUUGAUAUUAAUGGAAAGACAUGGCUGUUUGUGAUGUAUUUUUUUGUAUCAUAAUUUUUUUCACAAUGGUAUAAAUGGAUUCAUAUGUG